UUCUUCCGGGUGAACAUAAUUUUUUUGUUUGCAUGACGUGAGAUUUGCGCAUGCUAAAUAUUUGGGACUAGCUAGCUUUUUAGCUAACUAAAUUAAAACCAAAAUGUCGCGGGGCUCAAGUGCAGGAUUCGAUCGUCACAUCACCAUCUUCUCUCCAGAGGGUAGACUCUACCAAGUUGAGUAUGCUUUCAAGGCCAUAAACCAAGGUGGUCUCACGUCAGUAGCAGUCAGAGGUAAAGACUGUGCAGUAGUCGUCACACAGAAGAAAGUACCAGACAAGCUACUGGAUUCUUCCACAGUCACUCACCUGUUCAGGAUAACGGAGAACAUUGGCUGUGUGAUGUCAGGGAUGACAGCGGACAGCAAGUCCCAGGUCCAGAGAGCACGCUACGAGGCAGCAAACUGGAAUUACAAGUAUGGUUAUGAGAUCCCAGUGGACAUGCUAUGUAAGAGGAUCGCUGACAUCUCUCAGGUGUACACACAAAAUGCUGAGAUGAGGCCACUGGGAUGCUGCAUGAUAGUGAUAGGUGUGGAUGACGAAUGUGGUCCCCAGGUGUAUAAGUGUGACCCUGCUGGAUACUACUGUGGCUUUAAGGCCACCGCUGCAGGGGUCAAACAGACAGAGGCAACCAGCUUCCUGGAGAAGAAGGUUAAAAAAAAACUUGACCUGACCUUUAAAGAAACUGUCGAGACCGCCAUCACCUGUCUGUCUACAGUCCUGUCCAUUGAUUUCAAGCCCUCUGAGCUGGAGAUAGGAGUCAUCGCAACAGAAGACCCUAAAUUCAGGAUUCUGACAGAGUCUGAGGUGGACACCCACCUGGUGUCCCUAGCGGAAAGAGAUUGAGCCCAGAAAAACUACAGAGGCCCAGAGAGAUGUUGUAAGGCCCAGUCAGAGAAUUGUGGGAUUUGUAGUCCCCAAGUUGAAGAAUGGUGUUAAUCCUUGUUUACUGUACAUUUGCCCCCUGUUCCAUUAAAAAAAAAAAAAGUUAAAUAUCCUGUUUUGAUGAAUUUGUUUUCAGAUUGAUCGCUCAAUGCCAGAACGGGUUUUCACUCCGGCACUAGGUUAAUAACAGACUGCACAAUAUUUUCUGUGUGUAUUAUUCCACCUUGUAUUUUUGAAGUUUAAACCCUUUUCUAAUGUAGGCUUAUGCCAUUUUCAUUUUUGUAAUACAAAAAAAAUGUAUUCUCAAUGUGUGAUCAUAGAUUUGACUGAAUUAUGUGCACCAUGCCUUGGUUAUAUGACCUAGUACAAACUUGAAAAUGUUUGUACCUAAAUUGGGUAACCUGACUGAGACUUUUUGAACAUUGCUGCAGAGUAAAACAUUGACUUCCUGUUGUGGUUCUGCUCAUUUAAUCACAUGACAUACUAUUGAAGAGAUGUGGUGAAGGUUCUUUACUACAAUCAGUCAAAACUGGUUGUGACCUGUUUGCCUCCUUGUAUCAUUAUUUUUUUUUUGCAUUUUCCAUUUCCUUCAAGUCAGAAAUAAAAUGCACCUCUGGUGACAAUCAAAAGGCAAACUGA